AUGUUUAGGAGACAAUGUCAAGACAAAGAAACUUCGCCAUCAUCACGUCAACCUGCAGGAAACCUCCCAUUUGAUAACAGCCAUGAAUCUGACGAUUCUGAUACCGGAAUUGAAUCCAACUGCCCAGCAAUAAUAACUGAUGUUGUAGGAUUGCAAUUGGGACUUUUACCUCGAAAAGAGUCCAGAUGGCUAGUAAAUGAUAUUGAUAUCUCUGAGAAAUGGCAUCUUUUUAAGGAAAAAUCAUUGGAAUUGGCGAAUAAGAAGGGCCUUUUUUUGGAAAGCCACAUUUUUUUUUCAUUUGCUAGAUUACUGCGGAAAAUAAUUAUCUUAUACUGUAUAGAAGAAAUUACAAGAGACAAUGCAGUUUCGGAACUGCAAAUUCUUUUGAUUGGUCGUUCUUUUGGAGAAUGUGCAGUUUUGAAGGCCAUAAGAAAUAUCAUCGAAAGAGUACCAAGAGCCACAUUAAAAAGUCCUAUUGGAGAGAUGGAGUUGUGUACCACUUACAUUGACCCAAUUCUUAGCCCACUGUUUAUGGAUCCUGAUCGUGGUAUAUUCCUGCUAUGGUCGAAUAAAGAGGUAGCAGAGUCCAAGGCUAGAAAACCAAUAGGCAGGGCCAAACAACCUGAUGCUAUUAUCAAUAAAAUUGAUCAGUUGUCUUGGGGCUUGAGCAAAGGAUGUAAUAAAGCAAAAGUCCAAGAAGAGUCUAACAACCUUUACCUUCUUUGUACCGAUCUCAUUCGGGUAGCCGUAUUUAAUAAAGAUGCGAUUGAUUUUUAUAACAUGAAUUGGCAUCAUAUUACAUUCUAUCUUACCACUCUCUUAUGUGACGCCUUAUAUGUUAUGGUAGAAGUUUUUCACAUUGAUGUGUCUAUGUCACUUGAACAA